AGGAUUGUGGGAAGAUGCACUGCAGGAUGCGAGCGAGGCGGUGAAAGCGGUCCCCUCCAGCCCUUGGGGCUAUGAAGCCAAGCACGUGGUGCUUCAUGGAGCGAAACGGUAUGACGAGGCGAUUGAUGCCUUCAUGACUAUGCUGCAAGUGAUCGAACGAUCCUAUGACCCUGCAAUCAGACAAUUGGGCAAGAUCUACGUUUCUCCAUCCGAGACAAUUGCAACUAUUGAUUCUGUUGUCGAUGGAAUCCUGGAAGACUGUCCCCUUGUUGUCAUCGAUGUCACCACUGGUCGCCUUUGUGACGGUCUCGAGCGGAUCCGUAUCUUCAAGGCUGGACCGAUUUUCAAAGAGCUCAUUUCAUCCAUGAUGAAAGAAGUGGACGACGAGCACAUCCUACGAGUGGUUGCAGGUUUUUUCGGAUACAUCAUGUUCUCACACGCAUGGCAGGGGAACGAGCCGUCAUUCCAGGAUGUCAACGCAGUCAAAACUGUGUGGGACCUUCCAGACACGCCCCUGAAUGAGAAGUUGCGAAGUUUUUGCAAGGAGGCACGCAAGCUGGGUCACUAUUGGGCUUGGUCGGAUACAUGUUGUAUCGACAAGUCCACGAGCUCCAUCCUUAAUCGAUCUCUCACAUCCAUGUACAAAUGGUAUGCGAAUUCAGCAGCCAUGCUUGUAUUCCUUGCCGGUGCAGCACACCCAUCCAAGCCCGGGGACCUUACGCGUAGUUUAUGGAUGACACGAGCAUGGACUUUGCAGGAGUUGCUCUCACCGAAAGUCAUCUUUUUCUAUGACUCCGAGUGGAAACCAUACCUCGGCGAUACUAGCGCAAACCACAAGGAAUCCCCAGUGAUUAUGCAAGAGCUUGCAGACGCUACCAAGAUUCCCCGCGGAACCAUUGUCACGUUCUCUCCGGACGACCUUGGCGUACGCGAGAAACUUCGUAUCGCUUCGUCGCGCAAUGCGACGGUCGAGGAAGACGUCGCAUACUCUUUCAUCGGCAUAUUCAAGUCCGAUAUCAGGCCAUACUAUGGCGAAGGAUCCGACGCUCUCGGACAUCUCCUAGAGGAAAUUGUGGCACGUUCCGGCGAGGUCGCCGUCCUCGCGUGGUCAGGAAAGUCGUCGUCGUACAACAGUUGUCUCCCGGAUUCCCUUUCCGUUUACAGUCAAACUCCUUACAGCCCUCCAUCACUCGAAGGAGAGGAAAUGGAAAGGUGCAUCAAGAAAUUACGUGACAAGUUGUCUCUGGAGGAAGCGCGGAGUAUACGUGAUAGGAUCAACCGUCUCCCCCCCGCCCGCUUUGCAACCCGACGUCUACACCUUCCAUGCAUCACCUUCUCUGUGAGAAGUCUCGAGAAGCCAUGCAGAGACGAUGAAAAGUUGUAUCGUGCUAGGGUAUCAGGACUUGGCCACGUGGAGUUCACAACUGCGGACCAUCCCUCGCUGAACGGGCCACAAAAAUUCGUCUUCGUGCAUCCGUGGCUCGAUCAUAUCCGACGCUCAGAUAGUGGGUUUACCUGGGGAGAUGACUCGGAGUCUGAUACUGACCGUGACUCGGAUGAAGUUGCACCGUUGCACGCUGUCUCCGCACCUCAGGUUGACAGCUAUACGCGGGUACUAGAGAUUAUUGCCCGCCUCGGACAGCCGUUCAACGCAUUGCUUCUCGCACAGCAGUCGAAUGGAACGUACAAGAGGGUCGCUACAGAGGACGAGAUUGUCGUCUCAGGACUCGGAACCAACAUCACCUCCAAUAGCAUUCGGGUGAAAGUGUUGGAAAUCCUUUGACGUCCGUGUGGGGUUUGGGCUCAGCUGCUGGUUGUUAAGUUGGAACUGUCUUUCAUCCUUCACUGGUC